UGAAAAAAUACAAUGGAAAACCAGACCACUGUAGCUGAAUUUGUACUUUUGGGACUUUCAGAUGACAGAACAAUCCAAGUUUUCCUGUUCCUGGUAUUCUUACCUAUCUACCUAAUAACCCUGGUAGGGAAUAUGCUUAUCAUGUUGGUGAUAAGAAUUGAUCCUCAACUACAUACUCCAAUGUAUUUCUUCCUUAGUAACUUAUCCUUCCUUGACAUCUGCUAUUCCUCUGUCACUGUUCCCAAGAUGCUUGAGAACCUUCUUGCUACAAAGAAGACCAUUUCGCUCAGUGGCUGCGUUGUUCAGAUCUUUUUCUUUAUUUUCAUGGUUGGAACUGAGAUCUUCCUACUCUCAGCAAUGGCAUAUGACCGUUAUGCUGCCAUAUGCAACCCGUUGAGGUAUAGUAUCAUCAUUAGUCACCGUGUUUGUGUUCAGAUGGUGCUGGGUGCUUGGAUAUCUGGUUUCUUGGAUUCUCUGGUCAAUACUCUCUUUUUAAUUGACUUGCACUUUUGUGGUCCCAGCUACAUUAACCACUUCAGCUGUGAGUUGCCUUUGCUAUUGCAGCUCUCCUGCACUAGUACCUUUGCCAAUGAAAUGGUAAUUCUCACCUUCAGUAUGACAUUAGGGUUCGCCUCCCUCCUUCUCAUUGUAGCCUCCUAUGUUCGCAUCAUUGGCACCAUUCUCAAGAUCAGCUCUUCAGAAGGGAGGCAAAAGGCAUUCUCUACUUGUGCUUCCCACCUCUCAGUGGUCCUUCUGUUUUGUGGGACAGCUUUCAUUAGGUACAUGCGACCUGCCUCAGGUUAUUCAGACACUUUAGACAAGCUUGUGUCAAUUCAGUAUAGCAUCUUAACCCCAAUGUUAAACCCCAUCAUAUACAGCCUGAAAAACAAAGAGGUGAAAACAGCUGUAAGGAAACUAUUUAAAAAAUGA